AUGUCCGACUAUGAUCCGGUUGAGCCAGGGCCGGCCUUCCAGGCGGAUUGGGCCAAGUGGCAGAAACAGCUCCGCGAAUGGCGUCAAGCAUACGACGAAUGGCGCCAAGUGCUUCAGCAGCUUCAGGAAUGGGACGAGAAGGAGAGCAAAGGAAUCCAAUUGCCCUCCAUUGACCCCAACUUCGACGUCUUCGGAGUGGAGAACAUCCUGGAUAUAGGAGAAGGCGAGCCUCUUUUCGGGAACUUCGAAUAUGAG